CUUACCCCCACCGCAGGAUUUGUCAGACCUACCUGUGUAAGUAUACGACCCUAAUCAUAACGCAUUGGGCGUAGUAAUAAAAGUGGUAAGCCACCCUAGAGGACUAGCGUCCUCAAGCGUCAAUUUUGACGAACAUUGUGCGUUCAAUGGUUAACCAAAUUCCCGUGCCACAGGCCAAAUAUGAAUUAUUAACAGACGUCCGACAACCACGUUGGAGAACGCAAGUUCUGUGCUUGGCAUUAGUAUCAUUGAUAAUUGGAGUUCUUUUCGUGACACGUGCGUGGUUGGGAAUUGUUAUCCUUCGCUCUCCAAGAGCGAAGACACACGAUACAGAAACACUAACAGACAAUGCCAAGAUUGCUACGUGGUUACGUCGGGCUCGGAUGUACGCCGAGUCGACGAAGGAGAACCAGAAUGCGGACAGGAACAAUAGCAUCAGUUCGCCACAAUACUACUACACCAAUACCUCAGGGCAAAUCAUUGUCUGUUAUUACACCAUAUCGAGCGACCUGAACACGUUCUGGGAGCUCAGUCCGUCGCACAUUGACCCUGAUCUUUGUACGCAUAUUAUCGUGGGUUUUGCGGGCGUGGUGAACUGCAGCCUAGAUUUGGGUAGUAAUUCAUCAAUCUACAAGGAGGUUAUCGCCUUGAAGAAAUUGCAACCUCAAUUAAGGGUCAUGAUCAGUGCUGGCGGCAGUAAUGAGCUCCACUUAGGUUUUUCAGAAAUGGUAAAAAAUCAUGCAAAUAGGAAAAGAUUUAUACGGUCCGUUUUAAAUGUGACAAAGACAUUUGGUUUCGAUGGACUCGACUUAGAUUGGGAAUUUCCUGCAUGGCUUGGAGCCGAUGAACGGGAGAAACUCCAUUUCAUACAAUUAUUAGAGGAAUUACGAAGAGAAUUUUACCACGCUACAAAAACGUUGAUUCUUUCUGUUGCGGUAGCUGCUCCACAAGCUAUUGUUGAUCAAAGCUAUAUGGUUGCAGAAAUGGCAAAGUAUGUAGAUUUUGUGAACUUGAUGUCAUAUGACUACCAUUUUUAUGUAUGGUACUAUCCAAUUACCGGACUCAAUGCACCGCUUUUCUCACAUGCUGCUGAAUCCGGUUAUCUUUCCACUCUAAAUGUUAAUUUUUCCGUUCAUUAUUGGCUUUCAAAAGGGAUGCCAAGAGAAAAAUUAAUUGUUGGGAUUCCUACUUACGGCCACAACUAUAGGCUGGAUAAUCCGCAGAAUCAUGAUUUACUCGCACCAGCGAAUGGUUUUGGAGAAUUGGGGAAGAUGGGUUUCGUUUCUUACCCUACAGUUUGCGAGUUCCUUCAAAACGGCGCAAAGAGCGUUUUCGAACAUGAAAGCAAGGUACCCUAUGCCUAUAAAGACAGAGAAUGGAUCUCAUAUGAUGAUGUUACAAGCGUUUACUGUAAGGCUGAAUGGAUUCGUGAGAAUAAUUUUGGAGGAGCAAUGAUAUUAUCCUUAAAUGUUGAUGAUUGGAAUAAUACAUGUAAAUUCAAUGAAAGCUUUCCUUUAACUCGUACCGUUAGCAAGAUUCUCAGGUAUCAAGCUGACUAGUCCAUUUUCGUUUGUCUCUUCUUUACAUUCCAACAAAUCGCAUUCCUUGAAAGGUAUUUAAUCAAUCAAAUCGAAACUGCUUCUUUUUAAUUUCUUACAGUGUCAUAAAGUAUUGUCUGCUCUUAAGAGAAAACUUUUGCCUUUUCUCAAAAUAAUUUAAUUGCAUUUGCAAUUGUUUGCAUAUCAUAAAGUACAAUUAUAAUUUUAAUUCAAAGCUAUUAAAUUAAACGUACACGUAUUCAUUUAUUAUUAUUAAAACAUAAUAUAAUUCAUUUAUAAACAUAUAGAAAGAAAUUAAAGAUGAAUAAUAGAAUAUUUAUUAGUCAUAUUUAUUAGACGGUAAUAGUCGUAUCUAAAUCAAAAUUCUUUAGAAACUUUUUUGAUGAUCGGAUAUGAUACUGUAUGGCCGAAUCACUCAUAGAUAUACUUCUGUUAUGAAAUUCCAGAGAGCAAAAAUAUGUAUAUCCUGGGUUUUAACAGCAGUUACCCUCGCUUUCUACGCCCCUUGGCCCGGUAUUUGUAUUUUUUAGGCUGAUGCAGUAUUGAUUUGCCGGUUAACUUCAAAUUUUCUUUCUAUAUCUAUUUCCAAACAAUCCUUCAACGUCCGAUAGCUAUCGCUAUUUGUCAGACAUCUGGAUUGCACUUUUCGACACGUAGUCUUACUGGCAUAACACACAUACACCGAUCAAUAACAAUGAUCUCCUCUCUUACCUCUCUCUCUUCUCCCCCCCCCCCUCGGCCCCCCUCCCCUUGCUCUGCCCCAUAGAUCAUACAAAAGCAAAAUGGUAUCGGACCAACUGCUUUCGGCGACCUUUAACGCGCAUCGUCGCUAACACAUAUGUACAUGUAUACAAAUGGAACAUUAAGGAGGAAAAUUAUUUUCCUAUCUAGCCUUGUACAAAUUGUUACCAAGUACAUCCUAUUAAUUAUAGUUAAUAACAAUUAUUUACAUUGUAUUUAUUCAUUUCCAUUUUACUUGUUUUGUUUGAAAUAUAAUUUAUUUUGAAAUAUAAAUUUGUUUACUUUUUUUACAUAUAUUAGUAGAUAUUAAUCUAAAAAUUUACGUUAAGGUAGGAAAUAAAGAAACUAAAUAGUAUAUUAUCGAUUAAUAACUUUUCGCGGAUCCCAAGGAUUAAUACUUUCAGUGAUUUGGAAAAUUCAAAUUUUGAAAUUAAUGAUAUUUAAUUAUUAUGUAAACUAAAUCGUUCAACGUUACUACCUCGAAAAGAUUUUUGUAAUUUUUCAGUUAAAAGUUUGCAUUCUAAUUCAAAUGAACUUUCUAAUAAACAAAUAAGUGGUAGUUUAUUAAUUUAAUAUCACCUCUGGUAAUUUUCGUCAAACUUUCAUUGCGAAGAAAACGUGUCUACUGAUGCACACAUGAUGGCAAAAAAAAAAAAAAAAAAAAAAAAAAAAACUGUUUACAGUAAAGUUUAUGGCUAGCUCUUUAUCUUUUAAAAGCCAGCGUCUGGAAACUUUGACUCCAAAAAGUUGAGAGUUUGAAUUUCACGGCUGUUCAAAGGCGUUAAUAUUCUUGAAUAGAUGUUGAAUUUACAGUAUUUACUCUUUUCAGUUUUAUUCAUUUUUAUGUAUUACUUAUCGUUGUAAUAAACGUAACAAACGUUUCAGAAGAUGACAUUUAAUAGAGAUUGUUAAAAGAAAUUAAUUCGUGUUUUUAAAUUUACGAAUGUAAAGCUGCAACUUUAAAGUAUGUAAUUAAUUAUCAUUUAAAAUUAUUAAAUAUGAUUCCUCUAUUAUGGAUAUGUAUUAUCAUGAUAAUUACUGUUAAUUAAAUGAAGUUGAAUUUCAACAUAAUUUAUAAUAUAGAUAUAAAAUAUCUUUUUUAUUGAUUUAAGUAUUGGUAAAAGAUGUUGAAGUAUAGGAAAUAUUCGAAUAUCUCAAUAACACAUUGCAAUUUUCUAUAUAUUAAAAUCUUUUAUAUUUGUUGAAAGUUAAAAAAGAAAAAAAAAAGGAAAUAAUUAAUAGAAAAUGAUAUUUUUUAAUUAUACACUUCCAGAUCGAAUAUAGAUAUAUUGAGUUUUAUACAGAAACGUAUUUUUAAUUUUAACGAAAGUAAAAGCAUAAUUUGAGCGAUAUUAAUCAUUUUAGAAGUACAGAAAUGAUUUUUUUCUAUUUUAUUGGAUUUUUUAAACUUUGCCUCUAAUUAUAUAAUCAAACUAUCAUAAUGUGCCAUAGUAUCGUAAAUAAAAAAAGAGAAAAAAAGAAAAAGAAAAGAAUAGCUUUACGUUAAAUCGGAAACAUAUUUAUUGCGCUCAAAUUCAUAGAUUGAUUGCAAUGAAGCUGUUUAUCUGAAUAAGAAUUAAAACUAUCAUGUAUCGUUUAUUUAAUAUUAGUAUUAAAAGAUAUAUUGUUAAAAAUUAUUGCAAUAAAACUAAGAAAAACAAACUGCAGCAUAACAGAGAUUAGUUUAUUCUAAUCCGAGUCGAGCAGACCUAAUGGAAUAUGUGAAACGAAGAAAGAUUUAGCGUUUAAUUUACUCAUAAAGAGAUAGAACAAGCAUGUUAACAAGUAAAAUUUAUUAUUGAGAGAACAAAAAGUGAAACAAUAUUCUUUACGUUUAUUGUAAAAUAUGCCGUAUUCUCUUAGUUUUACUGCGGUAAAUAUAAAGAAUUCUAUAAAAUAGUUUUAAGCGUCAGAACUUCGUCCAUGUUCGAACAGAAUUUUUGACUAAUAAGUAUGCAUGUAAUUUUUUCAUUUCACUAUGCAUAUCUUCUAUCCAUGUAAUGAGAAUGCUUAAUAAAAUGUACUAUUGAAUUA